UACACAAUCGAUCUGGAGGAGGGCUCACAGCAUCUGAUCCGUUACAAAACCAUCGCCCCGCUGGUGGCCUCGGGAGCGGUCCAGCUCAUCUGAGGGGUGUGGGGCUUUUCCAGGUGUUCAGCACGCGGGCCAUUGCCCCCCCAGCCAUGCCCGUGGACCUGGCCAUGCGGCUCUGCCUGAGCCACUCGCCUCCCAUCCGCAAGCUGCUGAACUCCUAUGAGGAGCUGCGGAGCAGCCGGGGACGAAAACCCCUCCGCUCCUGUCUCAACCAGAAGCUGAGUGCUGAACCAGAGCCUGAGCGUCAAGAUAGCACCAAGAGCUCAAAAGGUCAGAAGAAGAAGAGGGUGGUGUUCGCUGACAUGAAGGGGCUCUCGCUGACUGCUGUCCGCUUCUUCUCAAAGAUUGAGGAGGACCUGUGUGACCUGCAGCAUGCCCUGUCUGACCUCACCUGCUUCCGGCCCAGGCUGCGGGACCCACGCCUGCAGGUGUGCAGGUAUGUGCUGGACUUCUCACAGCCUUCUGUGGACUAUGUGGCUUUCCGUAGCCGCCUGCACAGCAACCUGGUCUGCCUGGAGAACUGCCUGAUCCAGGACCGAGUCCUGUCGGGGACAGUGAAGGUCAGAAAUAUCGAGUACGAGAAGAAAGUGAUGGUCCGCAUCACCUUCGAUGGCUGGAGGAGCUUCCGUGAUGUCUCCUGCCAGUACAUGCACAGCACGUAUGGCUCAGCCGACACAGACACCUUCUCCUUCGAGCUUACCCUGCCCAAGCCGUCUAACUACCACAGAGCCAUAGAAUUCUGCAUCUCCUUCCAGUGCGGGCAGGCAACCCACUGGGACAACAACCAUGGGAGGAACUACAAGAUCUUCCAUGUGGGCACGAUCUGUUCACCCUCCCAUGCUGCAAAGAGUGCCAGUGGGGCCCAGCGCCAUCUCAGCACCUCUCGGGCUGCAGCCCUUGUCCUUUCUCAUCUGCAGACCUGGCAUCGCUCAGAGGCCCAGGGUCCUUAUUGGUAGGAAAGCAGUGUAUCAGGGGGUGUAAAUUCCCUCUAUGUUCCUGCCUUGGUGCAGAGGUCUUUGGGGAGGGGUUCAGCUGCAGAAGAUGCUGCCUGCUAUUUUGCUAGCUCCUCCAUGUCUCUGACCUGCUGCAGUACAAGCAGCUACAGGUUUUUGUGGAAGCUCCUUCAAUGCUGGCUCCUGCCUUAGAGGCUGGAAGCUGCUGCUGCUUGUUAUUCCUGUUUCUAGGUUCUCAAGGCAAAAUGCUACUGUGAGAGCAGGAGAGGGACAGAAGGAAGGGGCUAUGACCCAUGGACCACAUCUGUGUUUGGAGGCUGCUUAGGGUGAGAAGCAGCAACAUGGAACUGAGUCAAAGGUGCUGCCCAAGUGCCUUGCGUAGGGAAGAUGUUUAGGAGAAAGGGCAUGCCCCCUCCUGCUGUGCCUGGGGUCCCAAAGCAGCGCCUGACACUCCCAAGUAGUAGGGGCCUCAGCACAAGCAGCCAGCCAGGGCUCCCAUGUCGUUCUAGCUUUCCUGGGAGAGGGCUCUGUGUAGUGGCACAAGUCCUAGUUGCAGUCACUUCUCCACGCCAUGGUCCUUGGGGAGGGGGGGACCGCUGGGUUUUUAGUCCUGCAGGUGAUGAAAGGUAUCGGCCCGGCCAGCCGGUUCCCGGGCCGGGCGCUGCAGCAGACUCCCCUCGGAGCGGCGGGGCUGGGGCUGGGGCUGGGGCUGUGGGCCGGCCGCCCCGCAGCGGCUCCGACCGCCGGACGCGCGCGUGGGGCUCGGGGCGGGGGACGCCGACAGCCGCCGGAGACUGUAACGGGUCGCUAAUAAAGUCGAGUUCUGCCGUGA